UACCUACUAGAAACCAUCUGGCUGUGGACACAAACGAGCAAUUACCGUCGGCCGAACGCGACGUGUUUUUUUACUCUGUUUGUUGAACUUGAGAAGCUCUCCCACCGAUGACGGCUGUUCUAGCGAUUGGAGAUGAUGACGGCUGCAAGCCGGAAAAAUCGGAACCACAAGUGCCGUCGUCCCCCCGGAUUCAACCGAGACGGAACUUUGAUAACGGCCCUGGAGUCACAAAUGGCUACCUCACCAAUCGCAUUGGCCGGUUGAAGGUGGCUCAAAUUGUUUUGAGUAUCUUUGCGAUGGUGUUGAUCCGUCCGCGUUAUCAGGACGCCUGCGUCGAGUACCUGUUUCUGUUCGUGACCUUCAACGCGCCGAUUGUGACCGGGGUGCUGCUGUGGGAUGAAAUCACUAAUGGGGAAAAUAUCAAAAAGUUUCUGACGACCGCCGGUUACAACUUCGAUCGGCUGAUGUUGUUCUAUUGCAGUGGAAUGGCGCUGUUGUACUACAGUUUGUCAUUCGGGAUGUUGGCCAGCUUCGUUGGGUUCUACAAUCCGAAGACGAACAUUUUGGCCGGCGUUAUUGGAAUGAUUGUGGCUGGGGCCUAUGGAUAUCAUUGGUGGUUGCUGUUCCGUGAGCGAGUCUUUCGGCAGCAAAUCGUCGAGAAGGCUGCGGAACUUCAUCAACAAGGACCUUCCGAAGUUAUUCCGGUGGCAUGAAGAUGUUUGUGGAAAACAGGGGAAUGAUGAUGGUUUGAUGGACCAUGUACAUACCAGAUGGGUAAAGUAUUAUAAAAUAUGUUAUUUUAUAGUGAAA